AUGGCUCAUGUUAGCUCGAAAUUUCUUGAUAAACUUCUUCUGCGUUCAGAACGAAAUCCUGAACGGUGCCCUGGAAACAUUCAGAAAAGUCGCUCCGGCGUUGAACAACAAGAAGGACGUGGACUCCUACAAGAAAUCGAAAGCCUCUGAAAAAAUUGCGGCAGAGGUAAAAGACGAACACUAACGAACUAAUCCCUUGUAUUUAUAUGUACACGUUCAUGGUCCUUAGAAAAAAUAGUUUUGAAAAACUUUACAACUAGUGCAAAGUCGAAAUGGUUGAUAAUGGUCGCUAAAAGGGAGCGGCUCAAAAAAGGCCACAGAAAGGCAGCAAAAAGGCAACAAAAAGAGUCCCUUCAUCGAGCCUUCCAAUUUUCCUGGAAUUUUGAAGGCUCAAGAAAUGAUGGAAAAAGGAAGAGGCAGCGAAAAUGGCGCAUAAGAGCCGAUGAAGUGGCGCAAAAAGGCAGCAGAAAAGGAACCUUAGCCACCCUAAAAGAAAUAUUUCUAUGGAGCCUUUUUCCACCCUUUCCGACUUUGCCUAUGAAUACAGAUAAAAAUUAGACGAAGUUAUUCCAAAAUAUAUUCCCCAUAUUUUUAAGCCCUCUAAGUACGCUAUUACAAACUAUAAAGUGACUUUUAUUAAACAGUUUUUUUUUUGUUGAAUCGAUAUUUCAGAAAUCUCUCAGCUCAGGAAGUGAUCAUCAGAAAGUUGAUGAAAAGGUGAGGAAGCCGUUAUUUAACAUCUAAUUUUAAACACUUUUCCAGCUUCGUCACAUCAUCCAAAAGAACACAAAGGCCGAAGGCUACAAACACCAAUCUCGUUAA